GCCGCCAUAAGUCACAGCUGACAAACAAAUCCUCCUAUCCAGUUUCAUUUUUCUGCUUCCUUUUUUUCUUUUUUGGGGGGAGUGAAAUGUCUCAAGAAGAAGAUGUGAUAUUGUUGGACUUCUGGGCGAGCAGGGUUGGGAUGAGAGUAAGAAUUGCUCUGGCUGAGAAGGAGGUUAAGUAUGAGUACAGAGAAGAGGACCUCACGAACAAGAGCCAGCUGCUUCUCCAGAUGAACCCGGUUCACAAGAAGAUCCCGGUUCUCAUCCACAACGGCAAGCCGGUCUGCGAGUCCACCAUCGCAGUGGAGUAUAUUGAUGAAGUUUGGAAGGACAAAGCCCCUUUGCUCCCCUCUGAUCCUUAUCAGAAAUCCCAGGCUAAGUUCUGGGCCGAAUACAUCAAUAAGCAGGUUUAUGAAGCUGCUAGGAAAACAUGGACUUUGAAGGGAGAAGAACAGGAAGCAGGGAAGAAGGAGUUCAUAGAAGUCUUAAAGGUGCUGGAAGGAGAAUUGGGAGAGAAGCCAUACUUUGGGGGUGAGAGGUUUGGGUUUGUAGAUAUUUCUCUCAUUGGAUACUACAGCUGGUUUCAUGUGUUUGAGAGCUUUGGCAAUUUCAGCAUAGAAGCUGAGUGCCCUAAGCUGUUUGGAUGGGCUAAGAGGUGCAUGGAGAGGGAGAGUGUCUCCAAGACUCUUCCUGACCCUCACAAGGUCUAUGAGUUUGCCAAGAUAAGGAGGGAGAAGAUGGGCAUUGCUUAAACACUACUUAUCAACUAAUAUAUCAUCAAUAAAUAUAUAUGUGCUCAAUUUCAUUGUGUUCAAAUCCAAUCAUAGCUAGUUUUGAAGGGUUAUGAAUGCAUCUUGGAGUUUAUGUGUCUGUUUGCAGGAUGUGGCUGGAGUCUUAUGUUUAGCUAGGACACUUGUUGGAUUAAUAGACUUUGAUCAAGUGAGAAAUGUCUCUAAUAUGACAAAUGAGAAUGAAUAAUCUCAGUCUUAAAUAUAUGGUGUUGCACUUAAAAUAACUUAAUGUUGCGGUAUGAUUUGAAUUUUGUAAUGUUGCUCUGAAACUGCUUCACGUUGCACUAGACUGAUGAUGAUGCAC